AUGCUUAAGUUCUAAGAUCUGACUGAGAUUAAUUGCUACCAAAAUAAUCUGAUUGAAGUUCGAGCACUUCAUAAAUUUAUGAUGUGAGAUAAUAUGCAGUUAUCAUUUGAAAAUAUAAAAAAAAUACCAAAAAAAAAUUUUACUAUUGUCUAAAUAUACAUUAGCUUCUGGUAGUGAUGAUGAGUCUAUCCGUCUAUGGGAUGUCAAAACAGGAUAAUAAAAAGCCAAAUUAGAUGGUCAGACUAAUUGGGUCUACUCAGUCUGUUUCUCUCCUGAUGGAAAUACAUUAGCUUCUGGUAUUGAUGAUAAGUCUAUCCGUCUUUGGGAUGUCAAAACAGGAUAAUAAAAAGCCAAAUUAGAUGGUCAUACUAGUUAUGUCUUCUCAGUAUAUUUCUCUCCUGAUGGAAAUACAUUAGCUUCUGGUAGUUAUGAUAACUCUAUCCGUCUAUGGGAUGUCAAAACAGGAUAAUAAAAAGCCAAAUUAGAUGGUCAUAGUGGUUGUGUCUACUCAGUCUGUUUCUCUCCUGAUGGAAAUACAUUAGCUUCUGGUAGU